GGGGGAGAAGACGCGAGAAGACCGGGCCGAGCGGCGGCGGUGCGUCGUGACGUGAUGCGUGAAGAAAUAGAUUGCGCGGCCACUUUUUUGGUUUCAUCGACGCGAACGAGAGCGACGCGUCGAUCGCUCCGAGAACGCGGGCGGGGAUAGAAAAGCCACGACGCGGGCGGGAAAAAGCAACGACGACGACGAUCUCGUCGUCGCACACCGACGCGCGCGCGCCGCCUCGCUCGCUCCACGCGUGCACCCACCCAUGUCUCAGGACGCGAACCCGAAGCAACACAACGGCCACGGUCACAUCCAGCCCGUGCGCGGGCAGGCGGUGCAAGGCGUCGCCGCGCCGGACGCCGAAGAGGUGAUGGCGCGCGUCGACGUCCCCGACGACGGCGGCACCGCGCUGCGGGGCUACGACGUCGUGAGCUACGAGACCGGCGCGCCCGUGAAGGGGGACUCCGCGCACGAGGUCUUCACCGAGAACGUUCGUUGGGGACGCGUGCGGUACGUCUUCUCCAGCGCGGAGAACGCGGCGAAGUUCAAGGCUGGGCACCUGCACGACUACGCGCCCGCGUACGGCGGCUUCUGCGCGACGGGCGUCUCCCACGGCGAGCUCUGGCACGCGGACCCGACGAUCUUCAAGAUCUUCAACGACAAGCUCUACAUCUUCUGCUGCCCCGCCGCGAAAGCGCACUUCGAUAACUCCACGGAGCCGUCCAUCGCGGCCGCGACGAAGACCUGGAACGCGUGGACGAAGACCCCCGUCGACUUCGCGAACAAGGCGCGUUCCCUCUCGCGCCGGUCCCCACACGACCGCGUUCGCGCGGUGCGCGCCGUUCCUUGA